CUACAUUUCCCAGAAGUCUGCAUAGACUGUCCCUUGCUGUCGUGUAGAUGUCAUCAGCCAAGUGCCGAAGCUGUUGGCGUGGGUUUUCUUGACAGAUUAUCAGUUUUGACCGUUUUCUGCAUAUUUCUAUAUCAAAAUGACGGAGCGGAAGGGAACAGCUAAGUUGGACUUCCUCAGAAAGAUAGAAGAGGACAUGCAGCAGAAAUGGGAGAAGGAAAGAACGUUUGAUUGUGAUGCACCCACCACUAUUGGGGAAAGCACCAACAAAAACAAAUACUUUGUCACCUUCCCCUACCCUUACAUGAAUGGAAGGCUGCAUCUUGGUCAUACUUUCUGCCUUUCGAAGUGCGAGUUUGCUGUUGGUUUCCAACGCUUGAAAGGGAAGCAAUGCCUAUUUCCAUUUGGGUUGCAUUGUACAGGAAUGCCAAUCAAAGCCUGUGCAGACAAGUUGAAGAGAGAGAUGGAGGUUUACGGCAACCCACCACAGUUUCCUGAAGAGGAGGAGGAGGAAGAAGAGGAGAAGCCCAAGUUUGCAGAUGAGUUCAUCAUCAAGGACAAAGCUAAGGGCAAAAAGAGCAAAGCAGUGGCAAAGGCUGGAGGGUCAAAAUUCCAGUGGGACAUAAUGAAGUCUCUGGGGUUGAGUGACAUGGAGAUAGUGCCGUUUGCAAACGCAGCGCACUGGCUGGAGUACUUCCCACCCAUGACCGUGAAAGAUCUGAAGAUGAUGGGUGUGAAGGUGGACUGGCGACGCUCCUUCAUCACAACCGAUGUCAACCCAUUCUACGACUCCUUCGUGAGGUGGCAGUUCAUCACCUUGAAAGAGAGGAAGAAAAUCAAGUUUGGUAAAAGGUAUACCAUCUACUCUCCAAAAGAUGGACAGCCAUGUAUGGACCAUGACAGGCAGACUGGAGAGGGAGUUGGACCACAGGAGUAUACCCUCAUCAAGAUGAAGGUUGUAGAGCCCUACCCUGCAAAACUAAGUGGCCUUAAAGGAAAGAACAUCUUCUUGGUGGCAGCUACUCUCAGACCAGAGACCAUGUUUGGCCAGACUAACUGCUGGGUCCAUCCUGACAUCAAGUACAUAGCCUUUGAGAUGGCCUGUGGAGACGUGUUCAUUAGCACGAGGAGGUCAGCUAGGAACAUGUCUUACCAAGGCUUCACCAAGGAGAACGGCAAGGUUACAGUGAUCAUGGAUGUUCUGGGAAAGGAUAUUCUUGGAUGUGCUCUUAGUGCCCCGCUGUCGUCUUACCAGACCAUCUAUGCCCUGCCCAUGCUUACCAUCAAGGAGGACAAAGGCACUGGAAUUGUCACCAGCGUACCGUCCGACGCACCUGAUGACAUCGCUGCCCUCAGGGAUAUCAAAAAGAAACAGGCCCUGAGAGAGAAAUAUGGUAUCGAAGACAAGAUGGUCCUACCUUUUGAGCCGGUGCCCAUCAUUGAGAUCCCUGGCUAUGGGAACCUGUCUGCUCCUCUGGUGUGUGACGAGUUGAAGAUCCAGAGCCAGAAUGACCGUGAGAAGCUGGCAGAGGCCAAGGAGAAGGUUUACCUCAAGGGCUUCUAUGAAGGGAUCAUGCUGGUUGAAGGCUACAAGGGCCAAAAGGUGCAGGAUGUCAAGAAACCCAUCCAGAAGAUGAUGGUGGAGAAGGGCCAAGCUUUGAUCUACAUGGAGCCAGAGAAGCAGGUGAUGUCACGCUCUUCAGACGAGUGUGUGGUGGCACUAUGUGACCAGUGGUAUCUGGAUUAUGGAGACAAAGAGUGGAAACAGCAGGCCAUGGAAUGCCUGAAGUCACUGGAGACGUUCUGUGACGAGACGAGGAAGAACUUUGAGGCCACUCUGGACUGGCUCCAGGAGCACGCCUGCUCUCGUACCUACGGACUGGGUACAAGGUUGCCAUGGGACCAGCAGUGGCUGAUCGAGUCCCUAUCUGACUCCACCAUUUACAUGGCCUACUAUACCGUGGCUCACUUCCUCCAGGGGGGAGUGCUCAACGGACAGGGACCUUCUCCUCUAGGGAUCAAGCCAGAGCAGAUGACCAGGGAGGUGUGGGACUUCAUCUUCUUCAAGAGCUCUCCCUUCCCCAAGACGGACAUCCCCAAGGAGCACCUGCAGAGGCUGAGGAGGGAGUUUGAGUACUGGUACCCCGUGGAUGCCCGUGUGUCUGGGAAGGACCUGGUGCCCAACCACCUAUCCUACUACCUGUACAACCACGUGGCCAUGUGGCCCAAUGACAGCGGAAAAUGGCCGCAGGCAGUCCGAGCCAAUGGUCACCUGUUAUUGAACUCUGAAAAGAUGUCCAAAUCCACGGGCAAUUUCCUCACUCUGAGUGAAGCCGUCGCCAAGUUCUCUGCUGACGGGAUGCGCAUGGCCCUGGCGGACGCGGGAGACACAGUGGAAGACGCUAACUUUGUGGAGGCCAUGGCCGACGCUGGCAUCCUGCGCCUCUACACCUGGGUGGAGUGGGUCAAGGAGAUGAUAGCCAAUCAGAACAACCUGAGGACCGGGCCAGCCGACACCUUCAACGACCGCGUGUUCGACAGUGACAUGAAUGCAGGCAUCAUGAAGACCGAGCAGCACUAUCAGAGGAUGAUGUACAAGGAGGCGUUGAAGAGCGGCUUCUUUGAGUUCCAGGCAGCCAAAGAUAAGUACAGGGAGCUGGCCAUCGAGGGGAUGCACCGUGACCUGGUGUUUCAGUUCAUUGAGAAGCAGACCCUGCUGCUGGCCCCCAUCUGCCCACACCUCUGUGAACACACCUGGGGUCUCAUGGGCAAGACUGGCUCUCUGAUGAAAGCAUUGUGGCCAGUGGCAGGUCCAGUAGACGAGGUGCUGAUGCGCUCUUCUCAGUACGUCAUGGAGACAGCACAUGACCUAAGAAUACGUCUCAAGGCCUACCUGGCACCCCCCAAGAGCAAGAAGGGUGACGUGAAGCCCACGGCCAAGCCCUCCCACUGCACUAUCUACGUGGCCAAGACGUACCCCUCUUGGCAGCACAGCGCCCUCUCGCUGCUGGGAAAACACUACAAGAGCAACAAGGGCGCUCUGCCUGAUAACAAGGUCAUUGCCAUGGAGCUUGGCGCCCUGCCGGAGCUCAAAAAGUACAUGAAGAGAAUGAUGCCAUUCGUGGCCAUGAUCAAGGAAAACCUGGAGAAGAAUGGCGCCAGGGUUCUGGACCUGGAACUGGAGUUUGACGAGCGAGCCGUGCUGCUGGAGAACCUAGUUUAUCUGACUAACUCUUUGGAGCUUGAUCAGAUAGAUGUGGUAUUCGCAUCAGAGGCAGAUGACAAAAUAAAGGAGGACUGUUGCCCAGGGAAACCGUUCAGUGUCUUCAGAUCCGAACCCGGUGUGGCAGUGUCCCUGCUCAACCCCCAGCCAUCCAACGGUCUCUUCACCACCACUAUUGACAUCCGGCAGGGCGACAGCAGAGACAGCAUCAUCCGGAGACUAUCCAAAGUCAACAGAUUCAUUAAAGACCUGUCCAAAGUGAAGCUGAUGCGCUUUGAGGACCCUGUCCUGGGGCCUCGCCGGGUGCCCAUCCUGGGGAGGGAGGAGCAGGGCAAGCUGCCUAUCUCUGACAAGUCGUCCUUCAGCAUCAGCCUGGCUGACAGGAAGGUCCUUAUGACAGACAAUGGCCUCAGCGUAGACAUAGGAGACACCCUGGUGUACCUGGUACAAUAGAGCACAGGUCUUGGGUCUGUUUCAAUACUUUUACAAUGCUUCCAUCCUUGAGGAAACUACUGGUCUUACAAGGGUUAAUCUAGUCUCAAAGAUAUCGGUAAUUACCUCAAGGAAGAUAGGAAGGAUGCAUGUUAAAAAACAUUUGAACAGGGCCCUGCUCUCUCUGUAGGGGUGUGGGACUGAACAGCAGGAGGCUGUAACAGAAUGACAAGACAGCAUUUUUCUGCUGUAGAUGUUACUAUGUGCUAUGACCUACACAGCUCUGUGGAGUACAGCCAGGAAGUAGUCUUGCCUUCACCGUUUCUAUUCAAGUGGUUAAAAGAAAUAGAAUGUACUCGUGUCUUCUCCUCCCAUCGUAUAUGAAAUGCAAUUAUGUUUCAGCGAUUGUGUCUGUCAUGAUGUUUUAAAGAAUGGACGAAAGAGUAAUUGUACAAGGUGACGUGAAUUUUCCUAAAAUAAAUCAAUCUUUAACGUA